AUGACGGCGACUGCUACACAACAAUUCGCGCAACUUUUACAAAAAUACGGCAUUGACACAGUUUUUGGAAUUGUUGGCAUCCCUAUUGUCCAACUAGCGGAUACGAUGGUUGCUAACGGUAUCAAAUUCAUUCCAUGCAGGAACGAACAGGCUGCCUCAUAUGCAGCCUCUGCGUAUGGGUAUAUUAGUGACAAGCCAGGCGUAUUACUUAUUGUGGGGGGGCCUGGUUUAAUUCACGCACUGGCUGGUAUAUAUAACUCAAUGUCCAAUAGGUGGCCGCUUUUAGUCAUUGCAGGAAGUUCCUCCCAGGGCGAUAUGCAUAAAGGUGGAUUUCAAGAGUUGGAUCAGAUCAGUCUUUUGUCCCCAUUUUUAAAGUUUACCGGCAAGUUAACCCCUAGCAAUGUUGGCAUGAUUACUCAGAAGGCUUUGAAUCACUGUAUACAAGGCACCGCAGGUGUUUCUUACAUCGACGUCCCUGCAGAUUUUAUUGAGUAUGAAAUACCCCUGGAGGGAAAUGACCAUACAGGAAAUGAAUUGCCGAUGAUUUUAACUCCAAAUAAGUGUGGUCCAGAUCCAUCGAAGAUCAAAGAAGUCGUACAACUCAUACUACAACACAGUAAGAAAAACAUUCUAAUUGUCAUUGGAAAAGGUGCGGUGAAAAAUUCUCACGAAGUUCGCAAACUAGUAGAUAAGUUCAAUAUACCAUUCUUGCCCACCCCGAUGGGUAAGGGGAUUGUCCCGGACUCUUCGUCUCUAAACGUUUCGUCUGCAAGAUCUCAAGCAUUGAAAACCGCAGAUAUCGUUCUUGUUCUUGGGGCAAGAUUAAACUGGAUAUUACAUUUUGGUGCUUCACCCAAAUGGAACUCGGAGUCCAUAUUCAUCCAGCUCGACUCCAAUCCCGAAACCUUGGGCGAUAACAACUCAUCACCUGGUGCCGACCUUUCCAUAUGGGGGGAUAUAGGCUUGAGCGUAACUGCUCUAAUUGACGAACUGGUGCGCCAAGAUUCCUGCUGGAAGUACAGCGGUAUCAACCAAGUAUUGCGAGAGAAAAUCAAACUGAAUCAAACUCGCCUGUUAAGGAAAGAGAAGACCAGAGGGGCACAAUUGAAUUAUAACCAGGUUUAUGGGACUUUGAGACCACUUAUUGAUGACUACAGGACAAUACUUGUCACGGAGGGUGCAAACACUAUGGAUAUUGCGCGUGUUUCAUUCCCUACAGACGCACCAAGGCGCCGUUUAGAUGCAGGGACCAACGCGACCAUGGGGAUUGGACUCGGGUAUGCUCUAGCAUGCAAGGCAUCUCAUCCGGAGCUCGACGUGGUGCUGAUUCAGGGUGAUUCCGCAUUCGGAUUCUCCGCCAUGGAAAUUGAAACUGCGGUAAGGUGCCAGCUGGCACUGGUCAUCAUUGUGAUGAACAACAGCGGUAUAUAUCAUGGAGAAAAGGAUACCAAGACCGACUUACCCCCAACGGCGCUAAGCAAGAACUGUCGCUACGAUCUGGUAGGCAAAGGCCUGGGCGCCAAUGGUUUUUAUGUCAACACAUUAAGCGAACUGAGCAGAUGUUUCCAACAAGCCGUGCAGUUUUCUCGGACUAGAAGGGAAACAAGUGUCAUCAACGUUAUCAUUGAGCCCGGCGAACAGAAGCAAAUCGCCUUUGCCUGGCAGAACAAACCACGCCUAUGA